UUCAGUGGACUAUAUAUACUCUUUAUACCUGCACAAAAUAAUUUGCUCGUUAACUCAUGCGGUAAUAAUGUGCUUGUAGCCAACACUGUCCAAAGAUGCCUGUCUUCCCUAGUAUCUCUCAUCCCGCGGUUGUGAUUGCUCGUUCUCUGUUUAUCCACAUCCAAUCGAUGCGUGGCGUCAUCAGGGGUGCCAUUAUGACGACUGCCCUAUUAAGAAUGACAGCUCGAGAGAAAGAGAAUGCAAUGGUGAUCCCUCCCAGGGCUUGUGCCGCACUCUGAAGCGCUCGCCUCGCAGGAUCAGAACGUACAUCCCCCUCUCUUCUCUCCUCUCAUUUCAAUCAAUUCCUCUACUCUUUUUUUCUCCACUCUCACGACUGAAUCCCCUCGCCAUCCGUAGCCUGCAGUGUCACAGACAGCUUGGCUCUCUCCAUAGUGAUUUGGCGCCCGUUCAUUCCACGCGCGUUCGUUCGUUCGUCGGUAAUGGAAAACAGAAAGGAGAUGGUGAUGCUCGCGGAGGGAGGUCAACUUGGCACGGUGGUUGGCAAGACGGGCUCUAAUUUCUCGGAAGCAGUUGGAAGCCCCGCGCAAGAACCGCAAGGAAAGACGGUCAACAGGAACUGCCUGAGCCCGGGUUCUGCACCCUACUCGCGAGACAGAGCGGACGAAGAGGUGGAAGGCGCACAGGGACGCGUGUGCGCUGAUGUAAGGCCGGUUGGUAUGUCCUCUUCUACCGAGAGACAUCGGAUGGAUCACACCAACAAAGAAACCAGCAGCUCGGACACUGAGUCAGACUUCUAUGAGGAAAUUGAUGUGAGCUGCACGCCAGAAAGCAUGGACUACCCCAAUGGGAAAGGUCGAAACGGUGAUUCCCCCUGCCACCCGAGUGACAGCGGCAUGGAUCUUGGUAAGAUGGGUUCGGGACAGGGCUCGCUGUCCUACGGGGCCGACGCGAUGCGACGGUACCGGACAGCAUUCACUCGGGAGCAAAUCGGUCGGUUGGAGAAGGAAUUCUACCGGGAGAAUUACGUGUCCAGGCCGAGGAGAUGUGAACUGGCGGCUUCACUAAAUUUACCAGAGACCACAAUCAAGGUGUGGUUCCAGAACCGCCGAAUGAAGGACAAGCGGCAGCGUCUGGCCAUGACGUGGCCUCACCCUGCCGACCCCGCCUUCUACGCCUACAUGAUGAACCACGCGGCCGCCACUGGGAAUCUCGGUUACUCCUUCCCGUCCCACCUGCCAUUACCGUAUUACUCCCACCUUGGGGUCGGAGCCGGCUCGGCCUCCUCCGCCACUCCAUUCUCCAACCCACUCAGGUCCCUCGACAGUUUCCGGAUGUUGUCUCAUCCCUACCAGAGGCCGGAGCUGCUGUGUGCGUUCAGGCACCCAUCCCUGUACCCCAGCCCGGCCCACAGCCUCGGUCCCGGGGGAAGCCCCUGUUCCUGCCUCGCCUGUCACUCCGCUCAAACAAACGGCUUUCCACAGAGGCCCACCGGGUCAGACUUCCCGUGCUCCCCAACGAGCAGGACUGACACGUUUCUGACGUUUACACCGUCGGUGCUGAGCAAGUCCUCGCCGGUGACUUUGGACCAGAGAGAGGAGGUGCCAUUGACCAGAUAAAACGAAGAGAACACAUCUAAAUGUGUUCAUUAGACUGAGUCAAUGAAGCGCAGAAGAGAUGCGCAGAAGAGAUGCGCAGAAGAGGGCCAUACGCUUUUACCAUGAUGAGCUUUUAUCAAACUUAAAGAAAACACAUGAACAAGACUCAAACAGCAUGAAUAGAACGCUCGUGUGGAGCAGACUCGAUACCCGCAGCAGCAUAAGCGACAGGUACUGCAGCGCGUGCUGUUACAUACACCUGCUACAUAACAAAAAGGAGAGAUGAGCGAGCUCGGAGUGCAAAUAAAUAGCCUACCCAGUUUUUAAGCUAUAUGUUUUCAAGCACCAACGCGAUGAUCUCACACAUCAUGCUAUCCACUGAAAAAAAAUAAUUUCAGUUACAAAACCCCAUGCAGACCAUGAAAUAUUCCGAGAUCGGACAAAAAACACAUUUGAUUUAUGUAAGAUUAAUUUGGUGCGAAGAAAGAGAGAGCCCAGGCGGACUGGGAAUUACAGACAAACGUUUAUCUCUGUGAUGGAUGGUGUUAACGGUUUAUCAUUAUUUGUAGUCUCUUCACAUGUCCAAAUUGACCUACAUAUAUGGGUAGGCUAGUUACAAGAGAAUGAUGUUUUCCAUCUUCUUUUUUUAACAAGGGAAUUUGUUAACAGACUGCACCGUCUCAUUAUGGCUCCCUCUCCCUGCCCGAGUGUCCCUUUUUUGAAGGUCUGGGUCGGAAAUGUGCAGAUGCUGGUAAAAUUAGUAAGUGAUGUAUAUGUACGUGGCAGAUGAAUUUUGAGUGUUGAAUUAAUGAUAAUACCGGCCGCGCGCGGAGACCGGGAGGGAUCGUUUCUGCCAAACCGUAACAAGGCGCCAGGGGAACGGAUUAGCUCGCUUUGGCUUGACGGGGGAAGAGAGAGAGACAAGCCAUUGGACAAUCACACCAGGCAAAUUAGGCCGAGUUCGCUCGAGCUGCCCAUCUCACCCAUAUACCCUCGACUGAACACUAGCCACCACCUCUCUCCCCCUGCCCACCCCCAAUUCUACCCCAUUCUAUUUUACCCUCAGCCAAUAAGACCGAAUGCUUGGAUAAAUGCAUUUAUAACGACUGAUUCUGAUACUAUAAGCCUUAUAUUUAUUAUCCUCAUUCUAAAAUAGUUUGAGGAAAUUGCUAUUAUUUCUUUGUUUCCAUGUAUCGCUUUGCACUGUUACUGGCAUAGUAUUUCAUCGAAAUAACCCUGUCAUGUUUUAGGGAAAUUGCUGCAAAAAGGCUCAAGAGAGCGAAUUCACUCUGUGGUAAUUUUUGCUGAAUAUAUUGUUGGAUUGUUCUGGACAUCAAAUUUGCAAUAAACAGCAUUUCAAACAACAAAAAUCAAUCGAAUGUUUUAUU